CCCGAGCGUGGUGGGAUGACGGGCGGCGGGCGGGCCGAGCUGGCCCUGCGGCCCCGGGGGCGGCUGUGGCCGCUGCUGGCUGUGCUGGCGGCUGCGGCGGGCUGUGUCCGGGCGGCCAUGGACGAGUGCGCGGAUGAGGGCGGCCGGCCGCAGCGCUGCAUGCCGGAGUUUGUGAAUGCCGCCUUCAACGUGACCGUGGUGGCUACCAACACGUGUGGGACUCCGCCCGAGGAGUACUGCGUGCAGACUGGGGUGACCGGAGUCACCAAGUCCUGUCACCUGUGCGACGCCGGCCAGCUCCACCUGCAGCACGGGGCAGCCUUCCUGACCGACUACAACAACCAGGCCGACACCACCUGGUGGCAAAGCCAGACCAUGCUGGCCGGGGUGCAGUACCCCAACUCCAUCAACCUCACGCUGCACCUGGGAAAGGCUUUUGACAUCACCUACGUGCGCCUCAAGUUCCACACCAGCCGCCCAGAGAGCUUCGCCGUUUAUAAGCGCACUCGGGAGGAUGGGCCCUGGAUCCCUUACCAGUACUACAGUGGUUCCUGUGAGAAUACCUACUCAAAGGCCAACCGAGGCUUCAUCAGGACAGGAGGGGACGAGCAGCAGGCUUUGUGUACUGACGAGUUCAGUGACAUUUCCCCCCUCACCGGGGGCAACGUGGCCUUUUCCACCCUGGAAGGAAGGCCAAGUGCUUACAACUUUGACAACAGCCCCGUGCUGCAGGAGUGGGUAACUGCUACUGACAUCAGAGUAACACUCAAUCGCCUAAACACUUUUGGAGAUGAAGUGUUUAACGACCCCAAAGUUCUCAAGUCCUAUUAUUAUGCAAUCUCAGACUUCGCUGUGGGCGGCAGGUGUAAGUGUAAUGGACAUGCCAGUGAGUGUGUAAAGAAUGAAUUUGACAAGCUGGUGUGCAAUUGCAAACACAACACCUAUGGAGUGGACUGUGAAAAGUGCCUGCCUUUCUUCAAUGACCGGCCGUGGAGGAGGGCCACAGCCGAGAGCGCCAGCGAAUGCCUACCCUGUGACUGCAGUGGCCGAUCCCAGGAAUGCUACUUUGACCCUGAACUAUACCGUUCAACUGGACAUGGUGGCCACUGUACCAACUGCCGGGAUAAUACAGACGGUGCCAAGUGUGAGAGGUGCCGAGAAAACUUCUUCCGCCUUGGGAACACCGAAGCCUGCUCUCCAUGCCACUGCAGUCCUGUUGGUUCUCUCAGCACACAGUGUGACAGUUACGGCAGAUGCAGCUGUAAGCCGGGAGUGAUGGGCGACAAGUGUGACCGUUGCCAGCCUGGAUUCCAUUCCCUCACUGAGGCAGGAUGCAGGCCAUGCUCCUGUAAUCCUUCCGGCAGCACGGAUGAGUGUAAUGUUGAAACAGGAAGAUGUGUUUGCAAAGACAACGUUGAAGGCUUCAGCUGUGAGAGAUGCAAGCCUGGAUUUUUUAAUCUGGAAUCCUCUAAUCCUAAGGGUUGCACACCCUGCUUCUGCUUUGGGCAUUCUUCUGUGUGCACAAAUGCUGUUGGCUACAGUGUUUAUGACAUCUCCUCCAUCUUUCAGAUCGAUGAGGAUGGGUGGCGUGUGGAACAGAGGGAUGGCUCGGAGGCGUCUCUUGAGUGGUCCUCAGACAGACAGGAUAUUGCCGUGAUCUCGGAUAGUUACUUUCCUAGGUACUUCAUCGCCCCUGCGAAGUUCCUGGGCAACCAGCUUCUGAGUUACGGACAGAACCUCUCCUUCGCCUUCCGAGUGGACAGACGGGACACUCGCCUCUCUGCGGAAGACCUCGUGCUUGAGGGAGCUGGCUUGAGAGUAUCCGUGCCCUUGAUUGCUCAGGGCAACUCCUAUCCUAGCGAGACCACUGUGAAGUACAUCUUCAGGCUCCAUGAAGCCACAGAUUACCCUUGGAGGCCCACUCUUUCCCCCUUUGAAUUUCAGAAGCUCCUAAACAACUUGACCUCUAUCAAGAUCCGUGGCACCUACAGUGAGAGGAGCGCCGGAUAUUUGGAUGAUGUCACCUUGGCAAGCGCUCGUCCUGGGCCUGGAGUUCCUGCGACUUGGGUGGAGUCCUGCACCUGCCCAGUGGGGUACGGAGGGCAGUUCUGUGAGAUGUGCGUCUCGGGCUACAGAAGAGAAGCUCCGAGUCUUGGACCUUACAGUCCGUGUGUGCUCUGUACCUGCAAUGGACACAGUGAGACCUGCGACCCUGAGACAGGUGUCUGUAACUGCAGAGACAACACCGACGGCCCCCACUGUGAGAAGUGUAGCGACGGGUACUACGGAGAUUCCACCCUGGGCACCUCCUCUGACUGCCAGCCUUGUCCCUGUCCUGGUGGCUCAGGUUGUGCCAUUGUCCCCAAGACAAAGGAAGUGGUGUGCACUCACUGUCCGACUGGCACCGCUGGCAAGCGGUGUGAGCUCUGCGAUGACGGCUACUUUGGAGACCCUCUGGGCAGCCAUGGGCCCGUGCGACUGUGCCGCUCGUGCCAGUGUAACGACAACAUAGACCCCAACGCGGUUGGCAACUGCAACCGCCUGACGGGGGAGUGUCUCAAGUGCAUCUACAACACGGCCGGCUUCUACUGUGACCGCUGCAAAGAGGGCUUUUUCGGCAACCCCCUGGCUCCCAACCCCGCAGACAAGUGCAAAGCCUGCGCCUGCAAUCCCUACGGCACAGCGCAGCAGCAGAGCGGCUGCAACCCCGUGACCGGGCAGUGCGAGUGUCUGCCUCACGUGUCGGGCCGGGACUGUGGUGCUUGCGACCCUGGCUUCUACAACCUGCACAGUGGCCAAGGCUGUGAGAGGUGUGACUGCCACGCUUUGGGUUCCACCAAUGGGCAGUGUGACAUCCGCACUGGUCAGUGUGAGUGCCAGCCUGGCAUCACCGGUCAGCACUGUGAGCGCUGUGAGACCAACCACUUCGGAUUUGGACCCGAAGGCUGCAAACCUUGUGACUGUCAUCACGAAGGAUCCCUUUCGCUCCAGUGUAAAGACGAUGGCCGUUGUGAAUGCAGGGAAGGCUUUGUGGGGAAUCGCUGUGACCAAUGUGAGGAGAACUAUUUCUACAAUCGCUCUUGGCCUGGCUGCCAGGAGUGUCCAGCCUGUUACCGGCUGGUGAAGGAUAAGGUUGCUGAGCACCGAGUGAAACUCCAGGAGUUAGAGAGCCUCAUAGCAAACCUCGGCACUGGGGAUGAGAUGGUGACAGACCAAGCCUUUGAGGACAGACUGAAGGAGGCGGAGAGAGAGGUUACCGACCUCCUUCGUGAGGCUCAGGACGUCAAAGAUGUAGAUCAAAAUUUGAUGGAUCGCCUUCAGAGAGUGAAUAGCAGUCUGCAUAGCCAAAUUAGCCGACUGCAGAAUAUCCGGAAUACUAUAGAAGAGACUGGGAUCUUGGCUGAACAGGCACGGACCCGAGUGGAGAGUACAGAGCAGCUGAUUGAGAUUGCCUCCAGGGAGCUUGAGAAAGCAAAAAUGGCUGCUGCCAAUGUGUCGAUCACUCAGCCAGAGUCUGCAGGGGAACCGAACAACAUGACCCUCUUGGCCGAAGAGGCCCGAAGGCUGGCAGAGCGCCAUAAGCAGGAAGCUGAUGACAUUGUCCGAGUGGCAAAGACAGCCAAUGAGACGUCGACUGAGGCCUAUAACCUGCUCCUGAGGACCCUGGAAGGAGAGAAUCAAACCACAUUGGAGAUCGAAGAGCUCAACAGGAAGUAUGAACAAGCAAAGAACAUCUCUGAGGACCUGGAGAAGCAGGCUGCCCGAGUCCAUGAGGAAGCCAAGCGGGCAGGUGACAGAGCUGUGGAGAUCUACGCCAGUGUGGCCCAGCUGACUCCUGUGGACUCCGAGGCGCUGGAGAAUGAAGCAAAUAAAAUCAAGAAAGAAGCUGCGGAUCUGGACCGUCUAAUUGACCAGAAGCUAAAGGAUUAUGAAGACCUUAGGGAAGAUAUGAGGGGGAAGGAACAGGAAGUAAAGAACCUUCUAGAGAAAGGAAAAGCUGAACAGCAGACAGCCGACCAACUCCUAGCUCGAGCUGACGCUGCCAAGGCUCUUGCUGAAGAAGCUGCUAAAAAGGGACGCAAUACCUUACAAGAGGCCAAUGACAUUCUCAACAACCUCAAAGAUUUUGAUAGACGCGUGAAUGAUAACAAGACAGCUGCCGAGGAGGCUCUGCGGAGGAUCCCCGCCAUCAACCGGACCAUAGCUGAGGCCAACGAGAAGACAAGGGAGGCCCAGCUGGCUCUGGGCAAUGCUGCAGCCGACGCCACCGAGGCCAAGAACAAAGCCCACGAGGCGGAGAGGAUCGCCAGCGCCGUGCAGAAGAAUGCCACCAGCACCAAGGCCGACGCCGAAAGAACCUUUGCCGAAGUUACAGAUCUGGAUAACGAGGUGAACACGAUGUUGAGGCAGCUGGAGGAAGCAGAGAACGAGCUGAAGAGGAAACAAGACGAUGCCGACCAGGACAUGAUGAUGGCGGGCAUGGCUUCACAGGCUGCUCAGGAAGCUGAGCUCAAUGCCAGAAAAGCCAAAAACUCUGUGAGCAACCUCCUCAGUCAGCUGACUGACCUCUUGGAGCAGCUGGGACAGCUGGACACAGUAGACCUCAACAAGCUCAAUGAGAUCGAAGGCACCCUGAGCAAAGCCAAAGAGGAGAUGAAGGUCAGCGACCUGGACAGGAAGGUGUCUGACCUGGAGAAGGAAGCCCGGAAGCAGGAGGCGGCCAUCAUGGACUAUAACCGAGACAUAGAAGAGAUCAUAAAGGACAUUCACAACCUGGAGGACAUCAAGAAGACCCUACCAUCCGGCUGCUUCAACACCCCGUCCAUUGAGAAGCCCUAGUGAUGGGAGGGCUGCCAGGCAGGGCCCCCCCGAGAGGGGAGCCCUGUGUGGCCACAGUGCCUUGACACAAAGAUUACACUUUUCAGACCCCCCACUUCUCUGCUGCUCUCCAUCACUGUCCUUUUGAACCAAGAAAAGUCAGAGUUUAAAGAGAAGCAAGUUCAACAUCCUGAACCAGGAACAAAGGGUUUUGCCUAAUAAAGUCUCUCUUCCACUCAUGUUAACACCUUACCCAAGCUUCCCCUCGUUUGCCUGAGGUCACGGCAUCCUCCAGUGGCAUACCCACAUCAUGUGAACCUUUUUAUGCCAGGGCAGACCCAUCCCCCCUUCUCAACACCAGCAGAACCUAUCUCAGUUCUCAUAUUUCUAUGAAGGAAACGUUUGGCUCCUCACUGUAGCAUUGAGAUGGCCAGUAUGUCCCAUCUGUGGAUAAAGAAAAUGCCUCUGCAUCUUCAGCCUCCUCUUUUAAACAAUAGGAAAUAAACAUCCUGUGCCAAAGGUAUUGGUCAUUUAGAAUGCUGGUAGCCAUCCAUCAGUCAUGGUAGCUGUUUGAGUACAGGACACUGAGCCAUCAUGGGUAAGAGUGCAGUUCUGUAUGGGUCUCCCAGAGAAUAUGGCUCAAAGACACUUAGGAUUUUCUUCUA